AUGGGAACUGCGACGCAUGCUUGCUUCCUCCUUGUCCUGCCCUUGUUGUACGUCUGUCUCUCCUUCACUCGUGUCUGCUCGUCUGUCUCUCCUACCUCCACUGGUCAUGCUCUCUUUCUGAACCCUUCCAGUCCCUACAAUGCCAAGGUUGGAAGUCUACGCCUCAGGGGUGGUGAGGACGGAUCAGUGCGAGCAGGGGGAGAUUCUGGUUCCUCGCCUCCAGUUCCCCGAGGUUUCAUGCAGAGAUUCCUCAUCAAGGACGUUUUCGCGAGUGAAUCUCUCCUUAUCGGCACUCGUCUUGUUGUUUGUGGCUGGGCCAGGACAAUCCGUUUGCAAGGGUCGGGCAAAUUCGCAUUCCUGGAGCUCAACGACGGAUCUUGCUUCAAGAGCCUUCAGGUGUUUGCCGACCCAAAUACUGAAGGAUGGCAAGAGCUCGUCAAGAACACUCACGCGCACACUUCCUGGAGAGUGACAGGGAAACUCGUCGAAAGCCCCGGUAGCGGCCAGAGUGUUGAGGUACAGGCAGAAGGGCUUCAGCUGCUGGGUAGCUGCUCUCCUGACUCCUAUCCACUAGCAAAGGCCAGGCUGCCCCUCGACUUCCUUCGUACGAUCCCACAUCUCCGACCUCGAUCCAACACCUACGGAGCUGCUUCGAGGAUCCGCAGCACUCUGGCUUUCUCUGUGCAUAAAUACUUUCAGGAGCACGGGUUCCAAUAUGUGGCAGACACAUGUUACACCCCUGAAAAUCGAUCCUGGGAUUACAAUCAAGAUUUCUUCAAGAGGCCAACGUUCUUGACGGUAUCUGGUCAGCUUCAGGUAUCACAGUUUGCAUGCGCCUCAACCACUCUGAUUGCUCUCAGGCAGAAGCCUAUGCUUGUGCCCUGGGAAAUGCACCUUGCCGAAUUUUGGAUGAUCGAGCCUGAAAUGGCUUUCUCCAACCUCCAAGACGUAAUGGAGAAUGCUGAGGGCCUGCUGAAGUUUGUGCUGAAGGAGUUGAUGCUGAAUGUCCAGAGGAACGAGCAGGAUCUGAACUUUUUUGACAACGCAUGCCAAAAGGGCAUGAAGGGAUUCUCCAACGUCUCAUUGACUGGACAGAUCCGGGACAUCAUAGAAAAACCUUUCGUUCGGUUGGCGUAUGGCGAUGCUAUCGACUUGUUGCAGAGGGAUGAAUCGCUCACGGUGAUUCGACAGAGUGGCAAAAAAUUCGAAAUGCCAGCCGAGUGGGGGAACGAUCUUGCUACCGAGCACGAAAAAUACUUGUGUGAGGAGCAUUUUGGUGGGCCGGUCAUCGUGUAUGACUAUCCGAUGGACAUUAAGGCAUUUUACAUGCGGCUCAACGACGAUGACAAGACGGUGGCUGCCAUGGACAUUCUCUUCCCGCGAUGUGGAGAGAUGGUGGGAGGAAGCCAGAGGGAGGAGCGGAUCGACCGACUUCUCGGGCGCAUAGAGGAGCUGGGCCUCGACGGCUCAUCGCUCGAGUGGUACAACGACCUUCGAAGAUUUGGGGGGGUGCCGCAUGCUGGUUAUGGGCUGGGCUUUGACCGCCUCGUGCAGUUUGCCACGGGCCUGGAGAACAUACGAGACGUCAUCCCUUUCCCCAGAGCGACUGGACAUGCCAUGUGCUAG